UUCCAGUUCUUGGAAUCUCUGUCUCCAUGAUCAUGCUCACCUCUUUCUUGUCUUCCAUCCUUACUUUAAUCAAAAACCCUACACCUACCCUCAUUCAAAGCUUCUUGCCACAGUUGAUCACAAGCCUCCUUCAUCUCCCAAUCAUUUGUCAUUCCAUCAUUAUCCAAUCAGCAACAAAGUCAAUGGCCGACAGGAACAAGUUCUUAAAUGGGUAAACUGCACCUCACUGAAGCAUGCCUUUCACCUGUUUGUAUAAAUGCCUGAGCCACAUUCCCUCUAAGCAAAUACUUUAGAGAGGUGCCUAAAAUAAUGGCACAUUCUUCUGAGCAAGAUUAUCGCCAUGAUACAGGCUUUAGGGUCCCAUUUGUGCCAUGGUCUCCCCAGUUUGGCUAUGAUGGCUUUGAUUAUCUGAGUGAAUCAGCCAUGGAUUGCUUUAUGGAGGGAUGCCAAACUCCAGAGCCAGCAAUUUCUUCCACCUCUGCAUUUGAGGAUUUGGCUCAUUUCAUUUGUGACGAUGCCAUUAGCAAUGAGAUUGUUUCUGCUCCUCUUCAUGAUCAAAUGCUUAAGACCAAGAGAUCCAACAAGGCUCGAGUUUUGUCGAAUGUGAAAAAGAGUGGAACUUCAAAGAGAGGCCCGAAGAGGACUAGGAGCCGCGUCGAGGAAGGCUGCAACGACAAUGGCAACACUUACUUUCUCAAUUCUUGCAGCUGCAUCUCAGAGGAUCAAGAAGAACCAUCAACUAAUCCCCAGAGUCUAUAUGCAAAGAAAAGGAGGGAAAGAAUCAAUGAGAGACUGAGAAUUUUACAGAACCUGGUUCCUAAUGGAACUAAAGUUGACAUUAGCACAAUGCUGGAGGAAGCUGUCCACUAUGUGAAGUUUUUGCAGCUACAAAUAAAACUCUUGAGCUCAGAUGAACUGUGGAUGUAUGCUCCAAUAGCUUUUAAUGGGGUCAACAUAGGCCUUGAUCUAAAGAUUUCUCCACUGCAGAAACAAUGAUGGGAGACUCGGUGAAUGUCAUGAGAUCAUAUGUAACCCAAAACUUGAAAGGCACUAGAUUCUUUUCAUCAACUAUGAUGUGAUUAUGGCAUAUUUUAUUCGAGUAAUGAAAUCCUUGGUGAAAAUAAAGCAAAACUCUAUGUUUGGUGGCAAGAAAACACAGUACUUGUACCAUGACAACAUUGUAUAUAUAAUGAUGAUGUACAACAAUAUGUGAGGUUUACAUCCACAGUGUUGACCUUUAUUCCUGAUGUCGACAAAAAUACACAUUAGAGACACAUCCCAUCCUAUCCCAUCCAUGUACUGGAUGU